AUGACCAGCACUGACCACCACCACCAUCGAAGCAUGAACGGCUUCGAAGUCGAACUGUGCUUUCAGUGCAUCAGUCUCCAACGGACGGACAUGACAUUCAAAGUGGACGGCGAGCGGUUCGCUACCUCGUCUCGCACGCUUAAGCUCUACUCGAACGCUAACUACCGUGUGGUGAUCAGGACGAGGCCUGCGAUGGACAUACAAAAGGUGUUCCUUGGCGGUGAUACGUUCAACCUCGAACAUUCCAUUGAGCAACCAGGAACCUGCUCAUUCAAAUGGGACACGACCGGAAUUUCUGAGUCAAAGCGAAGAAACAGGCAUACUUUACAAUUGGACAUUCAGUACUCAGCAGUCAGCGUCCAGCACGGCUUGCAGUGCAAAUUUUACAAGCUCAACGACCCACAUGCCAACUGGGGCGAUAAAGUAGACUGGAUCGUUUUAAAAUGUUCCCAUUCAGAAGAAAAUAACGCCACUGUCACGGAAGAGGAAUUUGUCUAG